AUGUCUGUCUCCCUCUCUCACUCCCAUGAAUGUCACCUCUACUGAUGGUGGCUGCUGGAAUUCACACACACAUACUCCCACAACCACUCGCUGACUUUGGAUGGGAGGAGGAGGAGGAGGAGGUGGAGGUGGAGGUGGAGGGGGAGGAGGGGGCUCGGUGAGGACUGUGGGAAAGGAGCGUGCCAUCGGAGGCAGAAGAGGAAUCUCUGUCUGUCUGUGUCCAUGUCUCCGCUCUGUUCCCGGCUUCCCUCCCGCAGAGACUGCCAGUGUCCCGCCUGCCGCUCUACCUCUGGAUUUAAGUCGGCUGGAUUACCGCCUGGACGCUCUGCUCAUUGUUCCAUGCUGCCACAUUUAAAUGGGAGGCAAAGUUGGACCUCCGUGGACUGCACAAAUGGUGACAAACAGUUUGAUUCCUCUUGCGCUUUCGAGAGCUUCCUGGGGUUCAAAAUGAUUUCACUUUUCUUCAGUAAAAGUGUUUUUAUAUGUAAACUCCUUUGAGCUCCGCCUCUUUGGUAUUGUCUAUCUAAAGUAGGUUACUUUUUUUUUCCAAUCUAAAAUUUGGAAUUGGGCUGUUUCGGCACGUAGUGAUGUGGAGGAUGAGUUGGGAAGAGGGGUAGAAAUAUCUCCAUCUUCUCCCGUUUUAAAAGUCAGUCAUUCUUACAUUGGUGUUGAAACUGAAAAUGUGACGACAGCACUUUUCCCGUCUGCUCUGUCAGUGCAAGAUUUUUUUUAAUUUUUGGUCAGCGUGGAGGCUUUAUGUUGGACUGCAGGUGAACUUGCAUCUCUUCCAGUUCGCCCCUCUCCAAGGGAAACCUCUUACAAAACUCUUCCCUGUUAACCCACUUAGACGCCCAAUCUCCCCUGUUGGGGGCUUCUCUACAAACGCCCGUCCUACUCUAGUUUUUUUUGAGGAGAGCAAGAGCCAAACCAGCAAAGGGGGCACUGGGAAGGAAGGCACCCCCCUCCCAGAGGUGAGAGGGGGGGAAGAUGGCAGCUCUCGCCAGCUCUCUCAUUAGACAGAAACGGGCAGUCAAGGAGGACCAAGGCAACCGACCGGUAGCCAACAAGCGCAAGCCCUGUCCCAAGAGCAACAAGUCCUUGUGCCAGAAACAGAUCCUUGUGCUGAUCUCCAAAGUGCGACUAUGCGGGGUUCGAAAAAGUCGAAACGAAAAAAGACCGGAGCCACAGCUGAAAGGCAUCGUUACCCGGCUGUACAGCCAACAUGGAUACUACCUGCAGAUGCAGCCUGAUGGCACCAUGGACAGCACCAGGGAUGAAAGCAGCUCAUUUUCACAGUUCAACUUGAUUCCAGUGGGACUGCGGAUCGUGGCGAUCCAGGGGGCAAAGACAGGGUUGUACCUUGCCAUGAAUGGUGAAGGAUACCUCUACACUUCGGAGCACUUCACUCCGGAGUGUAAAUUCAAGGAGAGCGUGUUUGAGAACUACUAUGUUACGUACUCGUCCAUGCUGUAUCGCCAGACCCAGUCUGGUCGCUCCUGGUACAUCGGCAUCAACCGCGACGGCCAGAUCAUGAAGGGCAACCGGGUGAAGAAGACCAAAGGAGCUGCACACUUCCUGCCUAAAGUUAUAGAGGUUGCGAUGUACAAGGAGCCAUCACUACAUGAGCUCGUCAGCGAACCGGUGAGUCCUCCUCGGAAGACAGCAAAGACAUCAGACUCGCCUUCUCUAAAGAACGGACAGAAAGAGGCUCCCAAGGCCGACGCCUCAUAGCACAGGAGACCGAGGGUGGGACGGAGGGCAGCAGUGACACUGGGAACACAAGUCACUAAAAUAUGUACUGAGGGUGGCUGAGGGAAUGGCCCACGCUGGCCACCACAUUCCUGAAGUGCACUGCUGAGAUGCUGAGGGAUGAAAGGCGAGCAGUCCAUCAGCUGCCGAGGAGGCCUGAGCAGGAGUCCCCCCCUCACCUGUCACCCCAGAAAGAAAAGCCCCGGCGGCACAGCCAGAACUACUACCGCCUCCCCACUCCCACUGUCCUCUGCCACCUAUGACUUCCUAAUGCACAGUCUCCUUCAUUCCUCUGUCAUUCUCGAGCUUCUUUGUCCCGCCGACAAUUUCAUCUUUUCUCACACGCCUACCCGCCUGUCUCCUCUAUUGUACCGUAUAUCCACCACUCGCGCAUUUGCAGCGCUGACUCGGCAUCAUAAUCCUCACCCGUGGGCCCCCCUCUUGAGCCCUAAAGUUGGUGACAGUGUGGCUCCGCCAGCUUUCAACCCACCAUCUGCCUACUAGCCAAGCUAAUCACCAAGGUCAACUAAAGCUCAAAGUGAGAUUAAAACAGCUCAGAGAGGAAAGAUAUCUGCAGGACGCCUGGGUCGGGUCAGGUCAGCGGAGCAAGAUGAGUGGAUGAGAAAUUGUGUGCACAAAACUAUUUAACAGAGUAGUUUAUGACAUAGAAACUAUUAGCAAUAUUUUACUUCUUGGUUGGAAUACUUCGACCCGUCUUUGAUUUACGCCAGGCCAGAUGGAAAAAGACAUGCAUAUGGAAAAUCUGUCUGUAAAAUGUGAUUAACAUGAGAAUGCUGAAAACAUAAGAUCCAAACAAUAGCAUGGUGGUGAUUCAGUUAGAAAUGAGGGUGAUGACGAUGAUGAUGACAAAAUCGAGAGUUUUUGAGCAUAAUAGAAAUUUUAUGAAGCUCCACAAAGAGGCACUGCCUGCGAAACGAUCCAAUAAAAUAACUAUUCUUCCAGGGAAGAUGAGCCAUAAAAUAGAUCUUAAAUGACUAGGUCUUAAUUCAGACUCCUAUUAAAAAGGUUCAAAAGGCUUGAGCAAUAUUUAUACCAACAAGCCAAAAGAUUAUUCUUGGAUAAUAAAAAAAAACAUAACGAGUGUGUGAUUGAGUAAGAAUGGGCCACUUAUUAUUGCACCAUCUCAUUUAGGGCCACAAAGUGAACAACUGGGUCGUGUUUUAAGAACCAGGGAGGAUCUGAACUGUAGUGUGUACUUCACUCGGCAUCUGCUGUCAGCAAAAAAGCAGUUUUGAAGGCGAACAUCAAAGCCAGAGGAGCCUCUGAGCCGGAGCACUUGUUAUUCUGAGGAUGUCUGGCAGCUUAUCCGCACACUAGCUUUAUCAAAUCACCUUGGAAGAAACCACUCUUAAAAAUGCAGUUUUGUCUGAGCAAAAUGUCGUGGUGUGAUUGUGUUUCGACCCCGGUGUGCCGAUCACGCCUUCCCACAGCUUGGACGUCCCCCAUGAGAUUCUGUGUGUGAACGAGUGCACGCAUGCAGAGGUUAGACAGAGAGGCAGCGUGUUACCUCUGCACGUGUGUUUCAGACAGGACACGACGCAGUGUCUCUGAUAUGUCUGUGAGCAGGCCAUAACUUGGGCGAACGUCCGUUUCGUGUACGAGGUUUAUUUUUUGAACGUUUGAGAGGAGGAUCUCUGAGCAACUUUGCAGGGGACUGAACACACAGGAAGUGCUUCCUUAAUUGUAAUAUUUGGUUCAGAUGCAAUUACCUGAUGAUUUCAUUUUUAACUAUGUUGAUGUUUUCACUGGGUUUAUCAACCAGGGACCACUGUUCAAAAAAAAGCCACGGCCUGAUAGAAAUGGAGGCUUCUAAGAGGGAGCUGUCAGAUUAUUUCAGUGCUGUCUGCUGCUGGGUGCUGUCCGCUCGGGUAAACCGCUGAGGGCAAAACAAGAUGUCAUCACAACGUUCCGUCAAAGUGAAUGUGCAUGGAUACCACCAACAAAAGCAGUAAGUCUCUCGCUUUGUCGGGAAGAGCAACGUACAGUGCGUUGGGAGCUAAAACUCCCAUAAUGCAUAAUGGGGAGGACAUCUCAUUUUCAGGGUGAAAUAAUGUGAAAACAAGGUGAAAACAGAGGCUUUGUGAAUGCGCUGCGUUGAGGGUGAAAACAAGUCUGAAAUUGUGUGUUGAAUCGUGAAGAGGUCAGCGGCACACGGAGGCGGUUGUUUAGAAAGAGUGAGGGAUUAGCAGGUGUAUUCUUGAGGAAUGUUGAUAAGGAAUUUCUGCAGCAUAGUAAGCAAGAUUGUUGGCGGGGUUUCAUACGCAGCGUGAGGAUGUGAUAAUGAACGCGAGACAAUGAGGCACGCACGGCACUGUGCACUAUUUAUGACGAGGGGUCUAUGGAGGAAAUUAGUUGGAGGGCUUUGCAUUUUUUCCCCCCCAUUAAGUCUUUUCAUUUUCUGGGCUUUUCCAGGGGGGAAUAUCUUUCGGUUCAAAUAUAGAUAUUUUGUCCUUGCAGCGGAUUUUUGCAUUGUAGACUUGCAAAUCUCUAUUUCCGACAACCCGGUGAAUCUGGUGCAUCCGAGUAUGGUUUGUAACUGUGCAUUACUAACUACUGUAUGAUAUCAAAGCGUGGGCACAGAAUGUAGCAAACAACACCAUAGGCUUAUUUUAGCUGUCAGCACUUAUACCGUUUUUUUCCCCAGUGUAUUCCAUCUGAAGUCUCCUCAUGCCACUUCACAUUUCAGAGUGGAUGAUAAGUCUGCUCUACAUAAGGAAACGCACAUGGAGGUGCAGAGCAGUGACAGCAAGGGAAUCUUGCAAGACAAAAUAAGAAAUAAUGGCUUUUUUUUUUCUUUUGCUCUAUGGAGAAGGGCUGUAACUGACAAUUACUUCCACUUUUGUUUAUUCUGCAGAUAAUUUUCUCAAUUAACCGUUUGUCUAAUAAAUGUCAGAGAGUGGUGGAAAAAACAGAGGUAAAGGAUUUCCCACAGCCCAAAGGACGUCGCCAGAUGUCUUAGUUGGUCUAAAUCUCAUUCAAAAGAAUUAACUCACCACUUUGUUUAAAAAAAUCAACUAUCCAAAGCAAAUUGUAUUGAAUAUAUGAGAGAUUAAAAUUCCUCCAUAGAUUUCUUAGCCAGUGCUUACUGUCGUGAUGCUAAAGAAGGCCACAGUAGGUUGACGACGGACAGCAAUACUGCAAGUAGACCGACAAGAACAGGGAUGAGGGUAAUGUUAAGUAGUAUGAGUAGAGAAGUAGUCUGAUGUUGAAUGUGAAGAAUGAAGUUAGAUGUUGAAUGUAAGACAUGUAAACAGAGGGUACGUUUUUAACAGGUAAGUGCAAUGAAGGCAACCGAAUGCAGCUGUUUAGUGAAACUAGUUAUGCUCUUGAAUGUAAAAGUCAUGGGAGUAGAACAGAUAUUAAAAUGACCUUUUUUAAUGUUGUCUGAAGAAGUCAGAAAGUGCUCAGUUGGAGAUGUAUGUGAAGUCAGGACGAGAGAUUCUGUACAGCGUGGAACAUAAAAAAAUACAGAUUUACUGUGUGUGCACAUGAGAGAUUUAAAGUCGUGAUCCCUUUUCCUACACAUGUCUCCUUACCCGCAUCCUACCGUGUCUACAGCCAGCUAACUCUCUUUUAAAACACUGUUGCCUGUGUAGGUGUAUACUUACAGUGUGUUUUGUAAGGUCUGUGUGUGUGUGUGUGUGUGUGUGUGUGUGUGUUUGUGUGUGUGUGUGUGUGUGUAUCUGUGAUUAAGAGUCACGUAAGACAAGACAGAGGCAAGGAGAAAAAGAAAGGGCAUGAGACUAAAACAGUGAUCGAUAGACUCAAUAAAACAUAAACGAGAGAACAGCCGCCCUGGGAUGGGGGCAAAAAAUCUCCCCAAGGUCAGCCGGAGAGAGGGAAAUCUAUUUGUUCAUAAUGAACUCGGUGUUGUUUGAUUUCUAUCUGCAAACUCCAAAAAAGACGCAAAUUGGACGGCCACAGAUGGAAAAGGGUUUGCUUAUUUCCUCUGGGCCUCGACACUGGGCCUGACAAAUAGCUUCCUGUUGUUUGAAACAAUAAUAACUAUGCGGCAGCAACGCCGUCCACACAUGCAGGUCCAUAAAGGCAGAAGAAUGUGCAUUGAACAUAAAUCAUACCCCUCCCAAAACUUCGAAAAGAGUAACUCAUUGGAAAAACUGGAGGCACGUGUCAAUUACAAGCACUGCUUAAAACACAUUUGGACGUGAACUCACUGUGCUGGGAGGUUCUUGAAAAGGUUACGGCCUCAUACGACCAGGGAAUCCCCAUAAUUUAUCCCAGUUAAUAGGACUAACGGGCAAUAAUGAAUAUUAAACUGCAGCUCAGUCAUCGCCGGUGUCUGGGAAUCACAGCAGGAGAUUUAAAGCUUUCAUUGCACUGCACAACUAGCCAACAUCCGAGAGACAUAUUUCAAACAAAUGUUACCAACAUUUGUUUCGAAGUGGAUUAUAAGAGAGCCAACGACACGUUUUAAUCGCACUGAGUGCGGUGGAACAACGACACCAUACAGUAGCACUGAAUAAUUUCUAAUCUGUGACACGAGACCAUUCUGACCUAUGCAUCUGCUGAUUUUAAGAUUUUACACAGCCUGUAUGUAGCAUUUUUUAAAUUGUCUUUUUCCCGCGCAAUAAAACAGCUGCUCAUCACUGUCGGAAAAAAACACAUUUCCCACCAGAGUUACAUUCUGAUGCACUGCAGCAGUUUGCAGUCGGUGUCAGAACAUGGCAGCAAAUACUGCUGCCGUACCAACAUGCUCUCACUGUAUUCAGAACGUGCCUGCUGAGAGGCGAACCGUGCAGUUUGACAAGCUCAAGGGGGAAAAUCUAUGUCUGACUAGCUCCCUCUAGUGGAUAUAGUUGGUGGUUAAAAGGUAAAAGCGCUGAUAUUUAUCCAGUAAGGUUGGUCGGAAAUAAGUCUGUGAAAUUCAUUUUGUGGCAUCUGAUUUAUGCAAACCCCCCAUCAAAAAUUAAAUAUACAUCUGUACUUAAAAAAAAAAACAUUGCAAAAUUUAUGUGUGCAUUCUCACAGCUGUUCAGUAUUAAAAUACUCAACCACGUUGAGCUUUGGUUGCAACACUGUGUUUGAAUACUUCCAAUUAAAUAAGCAUCCAUUUUAAAGGGGCACAGCACCGAGGCUAUUUAUUUUGUACUUGUAGAGUAUUUUUGCUCCCGCGGCCUGAUAUUAAUGCGAGCGGCUUCUUUGGAAAGUAUUACAAAUGUGAGGGAUGUGAACAUGUGUACAGUUCUUACAGACAACAACAACUGUCUGGGUGACGACCUAAAUGUUGGGAAUGCUGCCAGUUUACAUGUAUGUUAUUUCAAUGACACUGUGUAUAUCUAUGUCAAGUCUUUUAUGGGUUUUUUUCUCAGAAAUGUAUUUAAAUAAUCUAUGUUGAAGUUUUUUUUUUAAUUAUCGUAGUUCAGUUGUUGUUCAUUGUUUCCUCCACAACAGGACACAGAAUAGCCGUUUCUCCCCAAAUGUCCCUCCCUUUGCUGUGCUUUUUGUCUUUGGUCGGGAUUUGCCGUAUCCACAAUAAUUUGUCUCCUGAUCCUCACACUAAAUUCCCACUGUGCGACUGAGUUUUGUGUUUGUGAAAAAUGCAAUGCAUCCAAGUGGAAACAGCAGGACAACAACAUCUAAAAGCCAACAUGUCUCCUCACAUGCCCAGCAAUGACCUUGAUGGUCUCGAGAGUUACGGUCACGCAAGUCUUCCAGAAAAGUUAGCACAACCUCUAUAUCUCUCCUACUGUUACGGACUUUUGGGUUUCUCUCAAGCCGAUCUUCUUGUCUUCCGAAAAAACAAAACAACUGACACUUUAAAAAAAAGAACAAAAAAAAGAAGAAGCCAUAAAUAAAAAUGAGCCUUGGCACUGACUGGCCACAGAGAGAGGGCCUGAAUCCUCAGGCAGACACCAGCGAUUUGGACGUAUGUUGGACUCCUUACAAUAAGAGCCAAAAGGAAGCAGCAGGAACUUAAUGGCUUUUUUUGACCACAGCAGCAUAGCAGGAAAGAAGACCUGCAAUAUGCAAUGAGAGCUAGCGGCCUACACUCACGGAGGGGAAACUCAUUCAGCAAGGCUAACAAACUACAAAUCAGGAUUUGCUUGCUACGAAGGUAAUAAGUGGCUGCAAUAAUUAUUUACUGUCGAGACUGACAUGGGAUCUUUAAUUUUUUUUUAUUUUUUGGGGCAAAGCAUGCAUACGUCACUGUUAUUUGGCUCAUUGGGGACGACUCCCUCUCCGCAUCAAGCCCUCGAUUCAUCCUCGCUCCACGUUUGCCAUCAGACCUGUGUACAUUUCUACAAUAACUCCUACAUGAAUUGAAAGGAGGUCUUAUUCUGGAAUAUUAUUCAAUAAAAUGACAUAUAUUUGUAUGAUU